CAUCCAUCCAUCCAUCCACACCCCAGCCAUCCAGCCAUGGGUCUGAUGAGCGAGGACAUGGAGUGCUGCGUCUGCCUCCAGCCCUACUCUCGUAGGGAGAAGAUCCCUCGGAUGCUCCACUGUAAGCACACAUUCUGUGGGCUGUGCUUGCAGGCGAUGUCCAGGCUCCAGAGCGGCCUACCGACAGUCUGCUGCCCCCUGUGCCGUUGGAUCACCUGCACCGAGCCCAGCCUCACCGUGUCGGGGUCGCUGUGGGUUAACACUGAGAUCUGGGACCAGAUACUAGACACACGACAGGAAGAGGAGGAGGAAGAGAGGAAGCAAGAGAGGAAGGAAGCUUACAGACAGACACAGACCACUACACAGUACACAUGGUCUCCAUCAAGGCAUUGUGACCUGAGACUAAAACUACGGAAUUUCCUGAGGAGGAUAAAGCACAAUGUACUGUAAACCGAGAAGACGAAGAGCAGAGAAGAAGAAGACUGGAUUUGACCAUUUCAGAGUAGGAGAUACUCAUUGAGUAAUGAAGAUAAUUCACAAAACAGGACCGACCGGUGAUUUUCCAUAAUGAAGCAAGAUUGAACCUUUUAUCAAUGUAAUUGUCUGCAUCAUUUCCAAUCCCCCAUAUAAGGGAAGUGGGAUUUGUUCAUCCUCAUUUGACAUGUUUUAUUUAUCUGUUCUGUUUGAAGAGCAUGUUUUUUAUACUGGAAUUAUAUUUAUUGGU